GAGCCGUACAUUUGCUGGCUCAUCCUCUCCCGCCCGUUUUAUUCAGUGAUCUCUCUCUCAAAAGACCCAACAAAAGUAAAAUCCGGAGAUGGGUUUUGAGUUUCAAUGUGAUUUGGGUUUUACAUAGAGGUUUUGGUUACUGUCUCUUGCAUUGAGAAAACCAUAUCACUCUCAGCCCAACCCGGCCCAAGUAUAUACAGUCUAGGCUGGGCUUGGGCUGGACUAUUUUGGCCCGGGCUGGAUUUGGACAGACAUUCCAACAGAAGGAAGAGCGAAUCGACACGUCUCUCUUUUUCAAUUUCCAAUUCCGACAGCUCUUCGGCGGCUAGGCCAAAAACUUGCGAGGGAUAGAAAGACAUCCCGAGACGGAGAGCCAGAAACUCGGCGAGGUAUAUAACAGAGGCAGAGACGGAAGGCCAAUAACUCGGGAAGCCAUACGAGACGUACGGCCAUUGGGCGGUAAAAGCUGCGAGUAGCUAUCGAGUGGUAGUAGCAGCACGCGGCGAGCACGGGAGUAUGCCUUCCGUGGGCGUUCUCGCCCUUCAGGGGUCUUUCAACGAACAUAUAGCAGGCGAGCUUCUCUUCUUCUUCCCUUUUCUUUUACCUAAGAAUAGAAAAAGAGAAGAAGAUGUUUCAGCUCCUUUUCUUAUUCUUUACUCUCUCUAUCACCCUGUCUCAGCGCUUAGAAGGAUUGGAGUAAAGGGGGUGGAGGUAAGGAAGGCAGAGCAGCUGGAGAAUGUAAACGGCCUUAUAAUACCAGGAGGAGAGAGCACCACCAUGGCCAAGCUCGCUCAUUACCACAACCUGUUCCCUGCCCUACGAGACUUCGUUAAGACAGGGAAACCUGUCUGGGGGACUUGCGCUGGUCUUAUUUUCCUGGCUGACAGAGCUGUUGGGCAGAAAUUAGGAGGACAGGAGCUUGUUGGGGGCCUAGAUUGCACAGUCCAUCGGAACUUCUUUGGCAGUCAGCUUCAAAGCUUUGAAACAGAGCUUUUAGUGCCUGAGCUUGCAGCAAAGGAAGGUGGCCCUGCCAGUUUUCGUGGAGUAUUUAUUCGUGCGCCUGCAAUCCUGGAAGCAGGACCUGAUGUGGAAGUCCUAGCUUAUUAUUCUGUUGCAGUGGACAAAUCCACAAGUCCAAAAUCAUCUUUUGAAAGUCAGGAGGAGAAAACUGUGUCCGAGGAAAAAGUGAUUGUAGCUGUAAAGCAAGGGAACUUGCUUGGAACUGCUUUCCACCCUGAACUGACAGCAGACACUCGAUGGCAUAGCUUCUUCUUGAAAAUGGUGAGUGAAGAUGGAGACCCGAGCUGGAGCAGUGCCACUACUUCAGAAGGCGAUGUCAGUGGCUAUCAACAGGCAAUUCCUAAUGAUCUCCCAAUAUUUCAAUAGCAAGGAAAUGAGAUAUUUGCGUCCAUUUUUACAUUCUAUAGGUUUGGGCAGCCAUACAAUUUGCAAAAUUGUGGCUGCUCAUACACAGUACAUGUUGGCAUACUUGCAUACGAGUGCAGAUCAUCCAAAUCACAGGCCCCAUUGUCAUUGGAUCAUAAAUCGAAAAUACACUGAUCAGGCUAUCCUAAUUGCCUGGUUGGUGCCUGUCAAAAAUCAGAUGGUUAAGAACUUCACCCCAAGUGGGUCCCUUCAUAUAGAAGGUCCCAAUCGGCAUGCACAUAAGCCAUAUGCGACGUGGAUGAGUUGCCACAAUUCAAUAAAUUGUGACUGAAGAGAAUUUAUUCUAGUUUAUCUUGACAGUCAAAAUAUCUGUUGAGUUUUUAUGUCAUGUGUCUAAAAAUCUUUGGAUGGUGAAAUGGUUUCCAACCAGUCCCAUGGGUAAUGCUAUAGAUAGAAAAGCUUUAAUUUUUGCCCCUGUA